AUGCAUGGACGUAAAAGUACUUUAUCAUCUGGAUUUGGAAAUGAUAAUGUAAAUAUUGAAACUUCUAAAAAUAUUGAUAACGCAGUAAAUACUAACUUAAGUAAAGAUAGUUUAAAAUUAGGGCUUAAUGAUAUAAAUAACCAACCUACAUAUAUAAACUCUAAUGGAUAUAUACAAACAAUUAGCCAGAAUCCAAUUUAUUUUCCAACAAUGAAUGAAGAAAUAGCUCAAUAUAUAUAUAAGACAGAGAAUAAAAUAGAUAAUAAUUCAAAUAUGAUAAAUAAGAAUGAAAACUUGAAUAAUAAAACAAAUAAUAUUAGUUUUCCACAAACACAUGUAUUUAAUCAAUAUCCUACUCAAGGUACUAAUAUAAUAAAUAAUCCUACUACAAGAAGAGACUAUACAAUAAUGGAUAUGCCAGCUAUAAAUUUUAAUUCACAAAUAUUAGCCCCUAAAGUAUUGUUGCAGAAUGGGAGAAAUAUUACUCCAAGAAGAUCCGUAACUGGAUCAAUAGGUUCUUUAGGAGUAAAUAUAAAUUCAAAUAUAAAUGAUGGUAUUAAUUUAUCUGGCACAGAGAUGAUAUCUAAUCAAUUAAAGAAUCAGAAUCAUAGUUCAUAUAAUAAUUCUAUUUCUUGUAUUAAUCCUGUUGAAAAUAGUGGAAUAUUUAACAAUACUCCAUUUAAUAGUAUACAUACUCAUUCUAAUCCACCUCAAAAUGCUAUUUCAUCACAAUCAGCAUUUCCUAUUGAUAUAAGUUUAGAUUCUUCGUUAACAUCACAAAAAUCUAUGAUAUUAUCAGAUGAUAAGUCAUAUAAUCAAUUACAAAAUACAUCAAUUGAUAGUAUACUCCCUAAUAAAUAUAUAAACCCCAAGUUUCAAACUAUUAAUGCUCAAUCUUGUAUAUUUAAUAGUAAUCAAUCAACAAAUUACAAUAUUUCAACUCCUUUUGGGCAUAAUAUGCAACAACAUACAACAUGGCAACUUCAAUAUAUGAAUUCAAUUCCUUUGUUAGCUCAGAUUCAAAUAGAAACUAUUCAUGAUAUACCUAAUUCAAAUCAAACAUUAGGCUUGUAUAAUUCUGCAUCACAUAUGUUUGAUUAUUCAAUUGUAGCAAGUUUUAAUGGAUAUGAUGAUAAGAAUGAGACAUUUAAAAUUGGUCCUUUUCCAAAAGUUGAUUUACAAAAUUCUAAAUAUUUAUCUUGCAUUAUACAUGAUGAAAUAAAUAUUCCAUUUUCAUGGGAUCAACCUACGCUUAAAUUGAAAGUUAUUGAAGAGAAUGAAUUUAAAGCAGAUGUUAUUGGAUAUGUGACUAUUAAUAUUGAUCCAACAAAUAUUGGAAUAUUAAAUCAAUUGCAAUUAAUUGAUCCACAUACUAAUCAUUACAAGGGUACAAUAUGUUUUUUUAUUAAAAUAGUACCUAAUAAGUCAAAUCCAAACUUUAGAUAUGAUCAAUUACAUGGUCCAAAUUCUAUAUUGAAUAAAAAGAAAUACCAAGAAACUUCAGUUCUUAAUAUAUUUAGGGGAUUCUGCUGUGCAGAGUAA